UCCACUCCUAACUUGGCGAAAGUCGAAUCCGGUGCGAACUGACCUCAGCUGCUUUCCGCCUCCAUCUGAGUGGCUCUGUCCCACCGUCACCGAAGAUGGACCGGGGAAUGUGCCGAUAUGAUACAUAAUCAAUGACUUAUCUUCUGGCCUGUUGUUUCAUGCAUUACAUCUGUGGCCUCCCGCUGUUUUGUGGCUUUGAGUGGAAUUCACGACUUUAACAGAGAGAAACUUGACGUCAUCUUAUUUGAUUCAUAUGCUUCCCCUGUUUUUCUUCAUCCACAUUAGUUUUGAUUAAUAGCUUUUAUACAAUCACACAGAACAAACCGAUACGAUGACUUUCUCAGUUCAGUGUUUUCUUCUCCACACUCCUGCGUUUCCUGUCGUCUCAUACGAUGUGUAAGUUUAUCGACAUGGACUUAUUACCUUUAUCCGUUUGCAUUGCCCCUGAGUUUUUUUUAAACCACAAGAUUGAUGGUAGAUGAUGCACUUUGCUCUGAAGGGGGCAGACGUAGGGAAGCGAGGUGGAGGCCGGCCCAAGUUUAGCAUUACAGACCACCCCCGACCCCCUACCCCUCUCUCUUCAGUCAUGUUAAAUACUAAAACCGUAGCAUUUUGCAAGAUAAAUCUCCAGAGACAACUUCGGCCCCUGGAACGAGAGUUCUGUUCUGCACAACGAGGCGAUGAAAGGAGAAGUCCCCAAUGGCAGGAGCCAAGCCAAGGACCUGCUGCCCCCCUCAGAGGAGAAGAUGGAGGAGCGGGGCCAGUGGGGCAACAAGAUGGAGUUCAUCCUGUCCGUCGCCGGCUCCAUCAUCGGCCUGGGCAACAUGUGGCGCUUUCCUUACCUCUGCUACAAGAAUGGAGGAGGUGCGUUCCUCAUUCCCUACAUGAUCUUCCUGUUCACCUGUGGCGUCCCUGUCUUCUUCCUGGAGACGGCCCUGGGCCAGUUCACCAGCGAGGGAGGCGUCACCUGCUGGCGGAAGAUUAGUCCCUUGUUUGAAGGUCUUGGCUACGGCACGCAGGUGAUCGUGACUCUGCUGAACUUCUACUACAUCAUCGUUCUGGCCUGGGGCAUUUUCUACCUGUCUUACUCCUUCUCUUGGGACCUGGCCUGGUCGUCCUGCAACAACACAUGGAACACAGGUAACAAGCGUGCGUCAAAAAAAGACGACGCGGCGUCCCGCCGAUGCCUUUGGCCCGUUUUAAAGAUUGUUAUUUCCAUUUUGUCCUGUUCCGCGCCAGAAAACUGUGUGGAGUUUCAGAAGAGGAACUACUCUUUCAACUCGAUAGCCACCCUGAAUGCCACCUCUCCUGUCCUGGAGUUCUGGGAGAGAAGAGCUCUGAGAAUUUCCCCAGGCAUCGACCACAUGGGCUCUUUGAACUGGGACUUAGCCCUGUGUCUGUUCAUUGCCUGGGUCAUGUGCUACUUCUGCAUAUGGAAGGGGGUGAAGUCCACAGGAAAGGUGGUCUACUUCACUGCCACCUUCCCAUAUCUGAUGCUGAUCGUGCUGCUGAUUCGAGGGCUCACUCUGCCCGGUGCUGGGAUUGGCAUCCAGUUCUACCUUUACCCCGACCUGGGACGACUGGCGGACCCACAGGUGUGGAUGGAUGCUGGCACCCAGAUCUUCUUCUCUUAUGCCAUUUGUUUGGGGUCACUGACCGCUCUGGGCAGCUACAACAAAUACAACAAUAACUGCUACAGGGACUGCCUCGCACUGUGCAUCUUGAACAGCGGCACCAGUUUUGUGGCGGGCUUCGCGAUCUUCUCUAUCCUGGGUUUCAUGGCUUAUGAACAGAACGUUCCCAUCGCAGAAGUGGCAGAAUCUGGUCCUGGCCUUGCCUUCAUAGCUUAUCCCCGUGCCGUGAGCAUGAUGCCCUACCCUCCUUUGUGGGCCGCCCUCUUCUUCAUCAUGAUUGUCUUUCUGGGGCUGGACAGUCAGUUUGUGUGCGUCGAGAGCCUUGUGACGGCAAUAGUCGACAUGUAUCCUGCCGUGUUCCGCCGCAAAAACCGCAGGGAGCUCUUCCUCCUAGUUGUUAGUUUCGUCUCCUUUCUCAUGGGCCUCAUCAUGCUGAUGGAGGGGGGCAUGUAUGUCUUCCAGCUCUUUGAUUACUACGCGGCCAGUGGCAUGUGUCUGCUCUUCAUGUCGAUCUUUGAGACUGUCUGCAUUGCAUGGGUCUAUGGUGCAGAUCGCUUCUAUGACAACAUUGAGGACAUGAUUGGCUACCGUCCAGGACCUUACAUCAAGUACUGUUGGUUGUUCUUCACCCCGGCCACGUGCAUUGGUACCUUUGCUUUCUCCCUCAUCAAGUACACUCCUCUGAAGUACAACAAUGAGUAUGUGUACCCGUGGUGGGGCUAUGUCAUCGGCUGGCUGCUCGCUCUCUCCUCCAUGGUCUGCAUUCCGCUCUGGAUGGUUUAUAAGAUCAGCACUACCGAGGGGACACUCCGAGAGCGCAUCCAGCUGCUCAUCACACCAUCUGACAAAUUACCCAAAACCAAGAGGGAGCAAGAGCGACUACUGGCCAUCUUUGCUCCUGAGGUAGAUGCCACUGUGACUAGAAACGGCUACUCCCCGGUCUUGGAGAAAGACUCUGACGUAUGAGGACCCCAGUGGUGAAUGUGAAUGUGGGUUUUGGUUCCAUUAUUGACUUCCUCCAUCCCAAAGAUCACUGCAGGGAAAAGGACAACAAACUGUAACACCAUCUACUUUAAUUUGUGGAGGACUCAGGAGAUCGUAGGCCUUCAGUGUUGGGGUUUGGCAGCGCCUGUACAUUUCAGGGAUAGCAGUAAUGUGAUAAAAGACCGAUAAAGAAAAAGAUUUUAAAAAGUAGCUUGUCAUUUAUUGGAUUAAGCAGAAGCUUUAGAGGGGACAAGGGCAUUUUUUUUCAGGGAUUAAAGUAAUUUGCUAACACGUUCGCAUAUCGUUCAGCUUUGCAUUUCAUAGACGAUGUAAAUAACAUAAUCCGAUGUCAGCUGAAAUUCAUGAGUCUGCCUUGUACAAUUUUAUAACUGAGGUUAGUGGCAUUUUGGCUUCAUCCAAACGUGGUUAUUGUAGACACAGACACACGGGCGCCACCAAGAGUUUCAAAAUAAAUGUUGAAGGAUGAGUUUUCCGGUAGUGUGCAUGACUACAAAAUCAGUAAGAGUACAGGUUAACCAUGUUUUGCCACUGAAAAGUGGGCUAUGUGAAAGUUAAUGUCUCCUUGUGUAUCUUCAUUAUAUUUGUAUCAUACAUUGUAUUAUCAUAACUGAUUGUGGAAAUUCUUUUUGUAUUUAACGAGGAUUCAAAUAAAAUGUGUUUUACGUGAGAGUAAGAAUUAAGAAUGCAAGUGGAAAUUAUAACUAUUACUCUUAUAGCAGUGCAGUAGGUUGAGGACUAACACGGUACACACAGUGUAGUUUCAUAUUUUGUGCUGUGUAAUGUGAAUCUUGUACAUUUUUGAAUAAACAUGAAAAUGUU